CCCGCGGCACUAGGACCCCUCCGGGCCCCGCGCCCGUCCCCGCCCCGCGGCAGCUGUGACCGAUGGGGCCGGUUAUAAAUAGGCACAGCAGCGCUGGUGAUGGCCGCGCGCUUCCACCGCGUCCACGGCGCCAACGUCCGCCUGGACGGGACCCGCACGCGGGCCACGCGCGUGGAGAGCUUCGCCCACGGGGUCUGCUUCAGCCAGGAGCCGCUGGCGCCCGGGGAGGUGUUCCUGGUGGAGAUCGAGGAGAAGGAGCUGGGCUGGUGCGGGCACCUACGCGUGGGGCUGACGGCCCUCGACCCACAGCGCCUCGAGGCCGUGCCCGAGUACUCGCUGCCAGACCUGGUCAACAUGGGGGACACGUGGGUGUUUGCCAUCACCCGCAACCACAACCGCGUGGCGGUGGAUGGGGAGGAGGCACGGAGCGCCCCCGGGGAGCCCUUCCUGUGCAUCGAGCGUGUGAGGAUCCCCCGUGACGUGCUGGUGGGGCGCAGCAGGCCCGGGCGCUACAGCCACAUCCUGGAUGAGCUGUACAGGACGAACGUGCUGCCCCCCACGGCCCGGCGCAGCCGCAUUGGCGUGCUGUACACCCCGCAGCCCGACGGCACCGCCGACAUGCACAUCAUCAUCAAUGGGGAGGACAUGGGGCCCAGCGCCCGGCGCCUGCCCACAGCCCGCCCGCUCUACGCCGUGGUUGACGUCUUUGCCUCCACCAAGAGUGUCCGGGUCAUCCCGGUGGAUUAUGGCUUGCCGUCCCUGCAGACCCUGUGCCGGCUGGUCAUCGAGAAGCACAUCGUGCACCGCCUGGCCAUCGACGGCCUGGACCUGCCCCCGCCGCUGAAGAGCUUCUGCAAACACGAGUGAGGUGUCGAGGGC